GUCGCGUACCCUGAACAAGAAGGAGUUCUGUGUGGAUACUCUCUGCCUCCGUUCCAUGCUCAUCGUUGCAAACCUUCCGAAUCGAUCUCGUCGUUCCCUUCCCACGUUCUCGUGUUUCUCCGACGAGUGAACAAGUUCUGGUGACCGGGUGGAGUGCAUCGAGUGGCUCCCGUGGAACUAUUGUGCAACGCGUGCGAUAUCGUGGACUUGAAUAUCUGCUCCCAGUUUCGCGAGCGUUUUUUUCGCAUCGAGGCGUAGUUUCUUCGUGCAUCGUGGUUCGCUCGAUCCUCAGGUUCCGCGAUCGGAAGCUAAACAGGUGUUCGAGACCUGAUCGAAAAGCGACGCCGCACGGAGGAUGGUGCGGGGACGCGCGAGUGAAUCGUAGUGCGGCUACGCGAUGCGUCCUCGUGGCACGCGGCGGCGUCGGUGACUCGAGCACUCUUCAUUGCCCACGGAUGGCCAAGUAUCUCAUCCAGAUAAAAAGUAUCGAACAAAAGAUAGUGUUUCUACACGAAUCGAUCCUCUGAUACGUUAUUCGUCCAUCAGAAAUUAUAAUCGCAUCAUGAUUCACGUGGAACGAGUAACUGUGAAAUCGACUAGAAGUUGCUCGGAAUAAAGUGUUUUUAUUUAUCUAGCAUUCGAUUGAAUGGUUACUCGACUUGGUUGUUUUCGGAAACGUGCGUUGCUCUAGUCCGAUGACUCUGGUCGCGUGAUACUCCCGGUGCCCCAGAAAACUGGCCAGUGCGCGUGUUGACGGUCGAGGCCCUCUGUUCUUCUCGUUCGUUGAUCCUCCUGGUUCCUGAUAUGCUCCGUGAAGUUGGUCGUACGUGACGCGAGGUGUUUUCUCUCUCUCUCUCUCUCUCUCUCUCUCUCUCUCUCUCUCUCUCUCUCGAGUGUAUUAUUCGCACAAAGCUUCUCCGCAGCCGAUAGCGCGCGGUGGCUCCACGCGUGUGCAGAUUAUUGUCAGUUUCGACAGACGAUGAGAGCGAUAAGUCCGUAUCGACUCGCGAUCGUCAGCCAGAUUUGAUAGCGAAGGCGACAUCAUCGGGGUAGGCGACACGUUGCCGCAGCCGGGUACUCGUUGCCGCGAAAUGCAGUCGAACACAAUACUGCGCGACAUCGCCACCACGGAGAAGCUGAUGGGAAAUAACAACAAUCUGAACAACAACGGCUCUCCUGGCGCGGACAUAAUGUUCCAGAUGGAGGAUGACGGGCUCACGCAGCUGGGUAGCGUCUUUCAAUCGGCCUAUCAGUCGAUCGUCGGCGGUAGCGCACAGUACGGCUCGGAUGAAUUUGGCCAGGACUCUCCGAGAUACACCUCCCCAAAGGCUGCGGCGCUCUACGCAGACCCUUACUAUAUCGAUGGAAAUGCUGCAGGAACGGGUCCUGGUGACCCAUGGACGGGUGGCGGUGGCGGCGUUCAGCCCCCGUACAGCGGAUACGCACCUCCUCACCUGGCCCAGCCAGCCUACCCCAUGCACCUACCCCACGACCCCAUGGCGUACUCAGCCAUGUCGCCGAACGGAGAACCGGCAGCGCCGAUUCUGGGCUCGGCGGUCACCAGUGCGGCCUCAUUGCCACCAAUGUCCACAUUCCGAGGUAGCGUCGCAGUCGCGGCGAACAGCGGUACCGGUGCACCAUCCCCGGCGUCGUUGCAAUAUAGUCAUAGUCCGGGCGCACCGACGACCGCACCAUCCGCACCCAAUUCUGCGCCCACGACGAACCAGCAACCCACCACGGGAGACAACCUCGGCAAGACUCUCGCCUCUGUAGUAAGCACCAGAAUCUACCCCACGGACCAAUCAGUAUCGAGUUAUAGCAGCAACCCAUCCACUCCGGUUAGUUCGCCACCGCCUUUGACGGGUUCCGCGCCAGGCUGGGCAGCAGGUGCUGCGCCAGUGUCACCGCACUUCACGGCGGAUCCCAACCGUGGAACCAUUCACAUGCCGGCGCCUGAACAGCAGAGGCUAGACGAUGCCAUCGGCUUCCUUCGCGACCAUGCCGAGUUGGUACAGGGAACGCGGAUGGAGGAACGGCUGGACGAUGCCAUAAACGUUUUGAGGAACCACGCGGAAAGUCAGCUGGGUCUUCACAUCGGUCCUGUCGGUCCACACGGUUCCAUCUACGCCCAUACGUCACCACCGCAACUGGACCACUUGACGAGUCCACAUCCUGCGGUAACAGUGGCACAACCUCAAGGCUCCUACCCUGGUCUCACGCCAACGCCCGACACGGACGGUUCCAUAAAAAUCGAGAGGUUACCUGUGACAAAUGCCAAAUACGUCUCCUUAGAAAAGAGAAAGGAUCCGCCGGAUAGCAGCGGCGGUGAAACGAAACCCUCUAGCAGCGAGCUGGCGGCAGCGGGCGUCAUUGGCGCAGCCACGGUCAACUCCACGUCUCAGGGAAAAGGGACAAAGAGAUCGCGCAGAUAUUGUUCGAGCGCCGAAGACGAGGAUGACGAUCCCGACGUGAAGGCGCAAAGGGAGAAAGAGAGGCGGCAGGCGAACAAUGCUAGGGAAAGGAUACGUAUCAGAGACAUCAACGAGGCCCUCAAGGAACUAGGAAGAAUGUGCAUGACGCACCUGAAAACGGAUAAGCCUCAAACAAAGCUUGGCAUCCUCAACAUGGCGGUCGAAGUGAUCAUGACGCUGGAACAGCAAGUUAGAGAACGAAACCUUAACCCAAAGGCAGCGUGCUUAAAAAGGAGAGAGGAGGAAAAAGCAGAGGAUGGGCCCAAGUUACCUGGCCAUCUCGCUGCGCACAUAGCACACCCACAUCCACAUCCCCACGCGCAUUCUCAGCCAUCCUUCUCCACGAUGCCUGGCCCGCCUCCUUCCCUUCAGCACAAUCCGUCGCAGCCACAGUAGCAGCGGCUUAGCGGCGGUGUGAUCCUGUGUUAAGGGGUAGAUACAGCUUAAUAAUUAUCAUAGUUUCGGGACUUUGGCGGAACUCGCGCAUGCAGACACGAACUACCCUCCGGCCGUGCCAGUAGUACGAAUCGAGGAAAAUUGUAGGGGUACUGCGGUCUAUCGAACACGUCUCUUGACUAAUAUUCCAAGGAGAGGCGAGUACACUAAGGACGACUGCUCGGAGAACGGGAAACGUCGAUUCGAGGACUCUGCGCUGUCCAAGGGGCUGUUGUGCAUACCGUAAUAUUCGCGUGCGAGCGAUUACACCCGGUAGUAUCCGUGGUUUUCCAAAGUGACUCUAAAUACAACACGUACGAGGAACAGGAGAUGAGUGGUUGCUCUGUAUGUCGCUGCGAGCCAUCGAAGAAUUAGGAAGUGAGAGAGAGAGAGAGAGAGAAAGUGUACGAGAGUGCAAGAGUGAGAGCUAGAGCGUGGUUACUUUUAAGAGGCAUCUACCCGUACCCCAAUCCCCCUCGAAGACGGCUUCAAAUUAUUUUUAUAAAUAGCGAGAAGACAAAGGAAUAUGGUUCCUCUCUUUCGAGACAUAAGAAGCGUGUGGCGCGAUCGAGAUUUUACUGAAUCGAUCUCCCAUCCCUCGCUACUCGGCGCAUAUCCCCCGAACCCCUACCGGGUUCUUGUUCAAAUGCCACGUGCGAAGAAUUGCGUCACUCCAGGCAUAGAGAACUCUGGACAUGACGAGGGAGGACUGGAUAGCCCAGCGGCCGAGGACGAUCGCGAGGUCGUCGCGCAUCAGAUAUAAACUCACCGGCAGGUUCCUCUCAGCAUAUGUCGAAAGCUCGACACCCAGGCUCCCCGAGCCAGGGAUGGGCAAAGUUUCAGAUUCGUCUGUAACGGACAACCAAUAAAACUUAACGUGUAACAAACAUUAUAUAAACAUUUGUCAAUCGUUUCAUUCUGUAAUUCCAAUUGUAAUCUUCGUUCGACGCGUAACGAACGAAGAAGGUAUAGUUACCUUAUUUGUUAUUCGUUUAGCGAGAUCUAAGAAUUUUGUCCAUCUCUGAUCCUGGGCAAGGAUUACUCGUCUCCCAUGAAAACUCAGCGAGAGUUCUGCACGCUCGUCGCCGGUUGUAAAUACGUAAAAAUCAACGACUCUCAAGCAAGGAGCGGCGAGCUUGGCGAUCCUCCUCGGCGGCUGACGGUUAAACAUAAUUGUACAUACGAAACGGGACGAUCGUCUCGCGAGCGUUCGACGCGAAUCGAGGACACGCGAACGGUGCGUUCAGGCUAACUUUCUGUACUUACGUUGUACGAGGAAUAGAGGAAGGAUCGUGAUCGAUCGUGAGAGUGAGAGAGUGGUUCGCGGUCAGAACGGUGGAUAACACGGUGGAAUCGAUUUUUUGUUCACUCUCUUUUUUAUUUUGUAACGGUUCAACGAUUCGGACCACGAGAAUAAGAACUGGAGAAAGCACAAGUGCGAGGAUUAAGCAAAAAGGCAGUAUAUAGGUGUGAACGAUAGGGGAGAAACAGGAGGGAAUGAGAAUACGGAUGAUCACCCAUCGAACACGAAAAAAGUUCAAACAUAUCUCACGCAUAAUUGUAUAUAUACAGCAGCGGCGUACGCCUAACCAAUUACCUUAUUACGAUUAUUAUUAUUAUUAUUAUUACUAUUAUUAUUAUUAUUAUCAUCAUCAUCAUUACGAUGAUUCUUAUUAUUGUCACGAUCAUGAUUUUAUUAUUAUUAUUGAUUAUUAAUUAAUUAAUUAAUUAAUUAUUAUUAUUAUUAUUAUUAUUAUUAUUAUUAUUAUUACUACCGAUUAAUGAUCGCCGAGGAGAUCCUUCGUGAGAGAAAAAGAGGACAUUUUUGUUUUUGAACAAAAAUAUAGCUCAACUCAAUGUGUACCCAGUUGCCAUGUAUUUUAAUUUAUUUAGAGUCUUAAAUAAAUUUUAUUGAAUAAAAAGAAAAACCGAAAGAACAACAACAAGAAAUAAAUGAUCACGUGUGUCGAGUGUCCGUGUUUACUCCGUCUACUUUCUGUUCUUCUUUCUUUGCUUUCUUGUUCACUCUGUGUUGCUUCUUUUCGUUUCCGUUCUUCGGUGUCCGCGUCGUCUUCCGGUUUCCGUCUCCCCGAUGCGACCGUGCGCGACGUUAUCACCCCCCUCCUCGACAUAUCACGCGUGCACAGCUAUAUUUUUCUUCAAAAGCAUAUCGGGGACCGUUUCCCAGACGAAUUUCUCAGGCGGGUGCAUCUCGCUCUCCGCAACUUCGCGUUCCUCUCUCGCUUGUCAUCCGGAAGCCGAUGAACGGAAGGAAUCGAACGGGUUUCGCUGUUUUCGUUGCUUUCUUCGCUUAUUGGAUUGCUGGGAAAAAGAAAAUAGAAAAGGAACGAAAUUCGUUCGGAAAUUUCCCGUUGCGUUCAACCAAGUAUUCGAAAAUCAACGGGUGGCUUCGAACCAGGGUUGCCAUAAGGCCAUAAGUUGAGCGAAAGCAGCUGCGUUGAGCCUCGUAAGACGUAUUAAGAAAUAGUAAAGGGGAAACUUAGUUUAGUAUAGUGUUGAUAUGUGACGUCAUGUUAGGCUCAACGUGUUGAGCCUUUGCUAGUAGACACGGUACAAGAAAGAAGUGGAGCAUUCCGCUGAGAAAACUGUUGAGCUGAAUUGAACUGAAUUCUCUUGUAUUUUCUGCUUUGAUUCCUUCAGUUACUUCGAAUAGAUGAAUUAACCCUUUGCACUCGAGAGGUGACUCUCUGUCACCACUAGGUUUUCUUUAGGUUUAAUUUCUUUGAAAGGUGACCUGAUUCUCAAAUCUUAAAUUAGAGAUCUCAUUUUCGAAGUUAAUAUAAUCUCAGCAUUCGUGGCAAUAGAAUGCUAAGAAAGUAUCUCGAGUUGCUGGUAGAUACCAGAAAAAAAGGUCUCGAGUGCAAAGGGUUAAAGCAGAGAAUCCAAGAGAAUCGCCCAACAGUUUUCUUAGCGAAAUGCACCUAAGGAUACAGCGAUAUAGCUUUCUCUCUUGUUCUAUGCGACGUUACGCUUGGCUCAAUGUGUUGAGCCCUUGCUGAUAACCCUGGUCCGAAGAGCCGCAACGAAGGUAUCUGUAUGAGCUUGAAGCUCAGUCGAGAUAACUCGCAUAACCUCGCUUUACUUUUAAUUGGACGACGAAUUGCUACUAGAAACUGACAAGGGACAACAUGAGACUCGGAGACACGCAACGGAUGGUCGAUUGUACGUACAUUGCUGCGAUAGGUCAGCGGCGAUUCAUAGGGAGGAUAAAUUACACAAACAUACAUACACUAGAGGUGGGCGAAAUUCUUAUUCGAACGAGAAUUUAAAAGAUAAGCAGCCGUUUAUCCGUAAAUGAAAAUUUAAAUUUGAAUUAUAUAAAAUUCAAAUUUAAUAAAAUAUUUCAAAGUAGUCGCGAAUAAAUUGCUAUACGUUGGUUUUACAAGUUGUCCGUGUUUCGAAUGAAAUUUUGCCCAUCUUUAACGCACAGACACACACGCAUACGCUCGCGGUCACGCACUUGUAUUCGCGAUGGUAAUCAUGUAAAAUAAUAACGACAAUAAAUAGCUCUUAAGCUCCGUCUAAGCUAGGCGCACAUCUGUCGAUAGUCUUAGAUAGUCAAAGUGAAAAGGUGAAGAGAGUGCGCAGUUCGAUUCGAGUCGAGAGAUCGGCGAUCGCAAAGGUCCUGGUCGCGUUCUACACGAACGUACGUGGGUCUGACUAGCAAGAUUAUUCCAAUUGCUGAUCAAAUCUCAUAGAUCUUUAUAUUUACCUCGAAAGAGUACUUCAUAAAUGCAAAUUUGAACUGAGGAGGUAUUGGUGCCCUUUGGAUAAGAUAUUUUGACGCCUCGCCAGCAUUGCAGCUAGUAUUUCUGUAUGUAGCAAAUGACACUCUGUUAUUGUAUGACAAGAUUAGUGUGUUAUUUGACGAAGAAGAAGCUAAAUGCAAUAUUUGGUCAAUGGACACAGCUUGUGAUGCUUUGCCAGCAGUUCACUUGGCUUCUUUAUGGAACAAAUGACGCAUUGGUAUUGUGUGACAGGAUCAGUGUGUCAUUUGACGAAGAAUAAGUUAAAUGCAUUGUGUAGUCAAACGACACAGCUUACACCUGGAAGUGUCACUUAAUAUCAACUAUGAAGGACCAGACCUUGAAGGCCUCAGGUAUCUUGAAGGAGUAUUCUAGCGUAGAACAUGUGUUUGAUCUAUUUUUGUCAUUUUGUUUUAACAUUUUAACUACUGGUUAUUUAGAAAGAGUCUACACCUUGAAAAGAACUACAUAGAUUAAUGUACGUUAAUCUAGGCUGUCAUAAACCUUUGGAUACAGUUACUAGGUACAUCAAUAGCCUUGUACCUGUCUCCAAAAAUUGAGCAUUGCGAGACUACUAACGACGCAGUUAAUAAACUCAAGGAGGUAAAUAGUGGAUUAAAAAGCCUAUAAAUAGCUCAUAAAAGACUAUAAAUCCCUCAGGUAGAUAAUGUGUUAAGCAAAAACUAUAAAUGUUUUAUGUUCCUACGUCAAAACUCACGCGUCGCUUUCAAGAAUAUCUUCGUAUAGCUCCCACGAUUCCGAUCGUUCUAUUUUAUAUUUACAACAAAUAUUCUCAAAAAGUUUAGAUAUCGUAUGUAGCAGAAUGAUAUGAAAAAUCGAUAAUUAAAAAAUGACGAUACUUGAAAGAUUGACUAUUUCUUUUUUCACACUCACAAAAUUUGAAGUCAAUCGGCCAGGUGGAUUUUAAAAUUUGCAUUUAAUUCUUUGAAGACCAAACAUUGUUUUUGGACUUGCUUUUACAAAUUUAAUUGCUUUUAUAAAUCUGCGUGUACUUACUCGUUAAGAUUAAUUGUGCAAAAAUAAAAGAUUUUAAUUCAGAGUGUUCUCAAAACAUAACGUUACGAAGAAACAAAUAAUUUAGUUAUUUGACAUUGUAUUUUGAUCUAUUCUACUGUUUUUAGAAGAGAAAGAAAAAUAUCAGUAUUAAAUUAUAUGAAAAUUUAUUGUAAAUCAAUAUUGCAUUUGUAACAAUUGUAUAUAGUUUGGGGCCUUUAUACUUUCUGUGCUGCUUUUACGUUCAAUUUUAUUACUACUAAUAUUUAAGAAAUUUGUCAUUUACGAAGUACUAAGCUUCUUCCGAAUUAAAUUUGUAAAUUCCGACAGAGUUUGACAAAUACACUUUUUAAAACAUAUUCUUUCAAAAAACUUAUAUCGAACAAAAAUGUAUUUUUUCGAAAUUCUAUGCUGGAAUACCUGCUUGAUUUCAUAGGUACCUGGGGUACAGGAACUGCGAAGUCCAAAGUAAUAUUUUCAAACGAAAAAAGACUGUUCAUCUUCAGAGGGCGUACGUUUGCGCCAUUCGCAAUUGACUCUCAUUUUUUAAGAAGUGUAUAUACAAUCUUCGUAGCGAAAGAGUUAAGAAUGGUUAAAUGCGCGUCAUUAAUAUUAAACGAAAUGUGGAAUGUUGUUCUGUUAAUAAUUUAGAAAGCGUAUAGAUGUUAAUGGUCAUCAAGAGUACCCAGGUAAUUAUACAAUCAUGGCGUUUUGGCCAUUGUAUAAUUAAUAACUUUUCAAUAUCAUCUGUGUUUUCUUGACGGCUACAGCCAUUUACAUCAGGGCUGGGGACCUUUCAGCAUGGGAAUGUCUCGCAAUGCUGCACGCUUCGUGUAGAGCUAAAUUUGCCAAAAUUAUAAACACAUUACUUACUUCGAUAUAAAUUAAUCUCUGUUUUAAAGUUCAGAAAUAAACGGACGAUUUUGUACUCUAUGUUUUAGUUUAUUAACAUCGUACAUUAAAUUUUCUUUUAGGAAAUAGUAAAUAAUUAUUUUUUUAGUUUUAUAUUUAUAGAUAAAUUUGUUGGACAACAAUUAUUUGUUAGAUUUUUUAGACCAGAUAAUAGAUUUCAAAUGUCGAUAGUUUAAAAUUAUUCAAAUAACAGGACAUGAGGAGUCUAAAGAUUAAAUAUAGUUAUUUACGUUGAGUAGGUAUACAAUUAAUGGGUUACAAUAAGUGAAAAUUAAAUUUAUAUAAAAGGCGACAAAGUAUAUUAUAGUAAAUAGCAGUCAAGAAAAAUUGGUUUUUAUAAAGUUAAAGCACGUGGCUUAAAAAACAACAAUUUUUUAGUUCCAAGUAACUGAAAUAAAAGUUGUUUGAGAAUAUGCAGAUUAUAAAUGAAGGAGAUACAGAAUUAAAGAAGUAUGAAAAAAGGAUGGUUGCGUCCUGUAUGUUGGAAGUUUCCCAUACCUGAUCUACACUUUUCCAUUAAUAUUAAACUUAACUUAAUCGCCGUGAAGGGAUCUGUCUGUACUUUAAAUUAUUUUUCAAUGUUUUUUAUAAUCAUUUAUUUUUAUGUUACUUAUGAACUGUACUUUCCACUAAUACAAAAGCAUACAAAAAAAUUAAUGGUUUCUACAAAAAAUUCACAACGUCGAGCCUAUUUAUAAACGCCUAAUUGUCUAUAAGCUCUAAAAUCAUGAUAAAAUAAAAUUCAUAUAAAGGGAGGAGAACCUAAAUGCUUAACAAGUUAAUUAUUGUCAUUCACACUUAAAUCUCUAUCAAAAAUUAAUUACAACAGUCAACUGUUUAUCGUAUAUGUGAUAUAAGAACUUACCAUAAUUAUUAGAUUAUCACAGUAACUGUAAACAACAAUGUUUGUCAGUUUUAAAUAUAUAAUUUAGAGUACUUAUUACACAUACUGGUAAUGUUCUUUAACAUUUGAACUACACAAGAAAAUACAGACUUUAAAUAACACAUAUGUUAAUAAAGAUGUGAAUGAAUAAUAGUUUUGUUUGCAAUGGAAUUAUAAAAAAAUAUAAAAUUCAAACGGGAAGACAAAGAAAAGCCCUGAUAAAUAUUAGAAGCUGUGUCUCAUUAAAGUAAUACAAUUUUUCUUCUUUACCAGAAUUUUCAUUGCUUACAAAUUUCGACGCAUUUUAAUUCGUUUCUUUAUCAAUAUUUUUGUGUUAUUUAACGUUUUACUUUUUCAAAGAAAAUUACGCAACCACACGGUUGAAGAACACACUUUAAUUAAUUCUUCCAUCAAUUACUGUGUUGCUCAUUAUUAACCAACCAGUGAUAACAUGACACCAACAUGCAUGAUAUAUCGAACAAAUCAACGUUAAAAACAAAUUUUACCACAUUAUUUAUACUUUGAUUCAGCAUUCACAAAUGAAACGAUUACAUAGUCCCUGAAGGUCUUUUACGUUAAUUCUCAUUCAACCCAGCAUAAAGGUUAAAAAAAUGUAAUUGAAAAACUAAAACAAAAUCAGACAAACAAUGCAUUUAAAAAUGAGAGAACGCAUUUUCUGACGAAGAGAAGUUCUUCGUAUUUACUUCAAAAUAUUUUAAUAGCCUGUUGAAGUAACAGAAAAAUAAUGUUUAGGAAGCAAUUGUCGAGAGCGUUUUUAAUUUAUAUUUUUAUUAUACUUGCGGUAUACUUUCUACAUCUACAUAAAGAAAUCUGUGCGAUUCCGCCAUCAAUUGGGAAUAGUCUUGCUAAUGAGUCGCCACCGUAUCGAUGGAGCCUUUCGAAAUCGUUUAAUUUUACUUUCGAAUUCGUUCGAAACACUCCCAGACAUACUUCUGUUUCUCUGGCAUAUCCCCUUUGGUGUAAACGCAUUACGCAAGAUUUUGCGAAAUUAGGUCGUAUUUACUUUGAAUCGGACCAUUGGUAGGUUCAUUCGUCGAAGGAGAUCACGUCGACGGUAAAUGGGAGUCAAAAUUGCUUUACCACGAGUUUCAGAAUUCAUUGAAACGCUGAAGUUCGCGGGACGACUCUAAUCGAGGCGAUCUUCUUCUUAUCGACUGUAUCGGUGCGGUUAUUCUAGACCAGAGCUGGACGUAUGAAGGGUAGAGAUAAGUACGACAAACUCAUACGGAGUUUUAAACUGAAAAGCGUCCGCCUGUGAACAUACAAUAUGUUUUCACUUUAUGUACUUACAAUCAGAAUCUGUGAAUUAUACCUAUGUGAAUUAGACAACCUGAAAUAUGUCGAAUUGAAUACUAUUAUACACCACGUUGACCGUCAUGUCACCCAUUUUUUUCAAUUACUGUUACAAUAUUAGCAUCUAAGAAAUUAGGUUGUCUAUUUACAGUGGGUGUAGAAUGUAUUCGUACACCGAUAAAUUUCCCAAAAAACUUUUGUGGGAGAUUGUAGUUUCUUAACUUCUAUUUUUAUCGGAAGUCUCUAAGAUAGAUGUAGUCCAAACAACAUUUACUAGUUAAUAUAAUUUGUGAAAUCAACAAAAAAGUGCCAAAAGUGGGUAAAAGUAUAGAAGCAGUAAGUAUUUGUACGAUUCUUAUGACGAACCAUUUACAGUAGAGUUUAUAACAUAAACACAUUACUUUAUAGCUCCAUACGAAUUAGAAAACAUCAAAUUUCCAGUAAAGUACUUUUAAAAAUGGCUCUAAUAGAGGAAUGGAAAAAGAUCCCACUUUGAAUAACUAAUAAUUUAGGUAAUUUAAUUACCUACUUUAAUUUAUACUUAUAAAUUAAUGUAAAUUUCAUUUUUUUUUAAUAGAGUUAAAAAUUAAACAAUUGUGCGAAUACUUAUUGCUUCAAUAUUUCUAUCAAUUAAUUGCUUUUUUCUUGUUAAUUUCGCAACUCACAUAAAUACCUAUUUUUUUUGUAAUCUAUCUAUUUUAGAGAUUUCCGAGAAUAUGUAAAAUGUCAUUGUUUAUAAAAGAUAAGUUAGUAAAUUACAAUUUUACAUAGUUUUUUUGGAAAUCGAUCGGUGCACAAAUACUUUCUACCCCCACUGUUGUUUCCAAUUAUUUUAAAACAAAUUUUAGCCUCAUAAAAAUGUUCACAAAAGUUAGCGUGGGAGUCAACGUGAUACUAUUGUAUAUUUUAAUUGUAUAUUACUCUCACAGUUUGUGCGCUUACUUUCAAAAUUAUCCUCUCAAUAUUCCCAGCGUUAUUUGAAAUCUUCGACAGACGAGAGACACGUUUCUAGGUUUCUAUACACAGAGUUUGUUCUCCUUACUCUCUAUUUUCCAUAGUUAGACACAUAAUGUCGAGCACGUGAACUAGUAGUGCGACCAUGUCGCCAUUAAUUUGUGUGCUCGCCGCAUGCUGAGAUCGUCCUGGUGCUCUGCUCUGGACUAAAAUCCUUGUCGACGUUAUGAAAAUAUUUACAUCGAGCCGACGUUUGGCAUUUACUUUUACUAAAUACUUACAAACGUGUAAAAUAUCUCACAGUUGCAUGAAUCAUUUUGUACCGUCACGACUAGUGUAAAUAAUCAGUGUUUUGUACGUAUGUUGCACAUUAAGGAGUAAACUACUGAUAUUUAUACAUUUAUGGCAAAUUGAAAUACAGGAAGUUCUACGCGAAUGUUCACAAGCGCAUGCAUUCAUAAAAUGUGAAUAGUAAUAUACAUGCUAUACCGUUUAGAAGAUAAAACAUACUUUCAUUCAAGUUUGAAUUCUUUUUCUGAAUCAGUGAAAAUAUUAAUUUAUAUAAACAUCCCCACUUAAAUUCAUACUUUCACAGAUACAGAAGAAAGAACUUAAACUUAAAUCAGAGUAUGUUUUAUUUUCUAAACGGUAUAAUAAUGUAUAUUAUAAUUACUAAAUGUAUAUUACUAAAUGUAUACUAGUGUUGAUAUUUUAUAUAUUUUUGCGUUUGUGCCAAGUCUCAUAAAUCUUCCUAUACCUCCAUUUGCCAUAAUUGCAUAAAUAUCGACAGUGUAGUCGUAGCCAAACAAAAAUAGGGCAAAUUUCUAUAUAGGAACGUUAUUUGAAUUUUUUUUUAUAGGCAAUAAUUUACACGUGACACAAAGACUUUGUACUUUGGUCGAUUCUUAAUGCAUGUUCAUAUUUAGUCAAUCUUCAUCGAAUUAGUUAUAAGCGUAAUUCAAAGCAAUUCUAAAAAUGUUGGGUAAUACAGCAUCGAGGAAAAAAGAUUUUUUUUAUUGAAAGUACCACUAUUAUAUAAGAGGCGUGCUCUAAUUAAUACUUUAAAGUUGACAGCUUUAUAUUCUCUAGCCUAGACCAUCGCAACCAGUCCCACCUGGGAGCUAUUGAAACAUAUGGUUCGCUGUAUCCCAAUAUAUGUUUGUACAGCCCUCUAUUUUGCUCAAAUUUUUUGUAUUAAACUGUAUUAUGCUGUGUAGCAAUAUACAGUAUUACCAUCUAUCAUGUUGCAAUAUGAUGUAUUACCUUGUAUUAUGACCUGUAAUGCUGGAAUAUUCUGUAUUUUUGCAGUAUUAUUCUUUAUGGUGCUGGAAUAUACCGUAGUCCGACACUAUGUCUGUCAUCUCGCUGAGGGCUUGCAUAGCGACUGUUGUACAACAUUCACAUCUAUUUUCCAUCCAUUCUUCUCUCUCUCUCUCUCUCUCUCUCUCUCUCUCUCUCUCUCUCUCUCUUCGUUUUUGCCAAACUUUCUUUUUGACUGAUUUCUUUGUCAAUUCGUCGUAUAAACGAGAGAUGGGUUCAACUAGAUCUUCUAAAAUGCUUUCACUAUGUUUCUCAAACCCUGGCUCCUUACCAUUCCAGAUAUUUAACCCUUUGCACUCGGAUAUCGCUUCUGAGGGGACAUCGUAAGUCCAGACAAACUUUAUUAGUGAUUACGUAGGAUAAACUUAGAGGAGCAUAAAAUUUGUAAAAGUGUAUGAUGCCUUGAAGGUUUAUAUUGAAAUAUCACAAAAAUUCAAAUCCACAUGUGAGCUUGUGUUAUACGGAAGAAGAAUGUGUGAAUAGUCUACACCUACAAAAACGACAAAGAGCAUUUGUAUAAGAAAGUAAGAUGUGGGAUGAAAGUAAGAUUCCAAUUUAAAAGAUAGAAACUAUACAAUGCAUAUAUAUAUGACUAUUUCACACAUUAUCAUAUACCAGAAUAGUAUACAAUUUUGAUGUUUGACAUAAAUAAUGAUAAAUAUGUUCCUCAAUGUCUAAAGAUUCAUAUAAGCUCAAAUAUAAUUACAGUAAAUUACAUGUUUUAUAAGUGUUGUAUCAUCCAAUACGACAUGAUUCCUGUUUGCACAUUUUGUAAGAAAAUGGUUCAGAGUGCAAAGGAUUAAGGUCGGAAACCAACUAAACCAUUAAUUUUAAUAUACAAUUUGCCUCCGAUAUCAAUGCAUUCGCUCAGGUUUCACACAGCUGCCAGGAAGUCCACUCCCUUGAGGUCUUGUACCAGAAAUUAUGGUUCUUGAUUCCAUCAGCAGAAUAGUCUUUGUAGAUCGUCUGUAUCCACGAUUAACAAAUCUACUCUGCCCAAUUUGAAAGCUAAAUUCUUGAGCUUAACUGAACACUUAGUGUCUUUGUUGUUCUCUCUAUCUUUAUCCUCAGGGUUUGAAGCCAACACCACAUUAACAUUACUGUGAAGCGAUAUUAAAUAAAUACCCACCGGUAUUUGAUGCCCUUUUUUUUACCAUGAAGAUGCGAUUUAUGUCUUCGCCGAUUUCUGAGACAACGCGGUAGAAUAAUGCCGCAGAACCAUCAUAACCAGCACAAGGGUUUAAUACCACCUUAACCUCUUCAAAUAAUUGGGUGUCUGCUUCAUGCAGUUGUUGCAUCUUAACCCUCGAUGGGCCCGUGCAACUUUCAGGUCACAUGUUAAUACAAGGUGAAUUGUGAUUCGAAUCAUGAUCAGUGGAUAUUAUACUGUUAUUAGUAGUCCGAUCUGUUUUUAUCAGUUUUAAAUUGUUUUUAUCAGCUUUUGUGUGGUUUCGAGGGAUAUUUAACGUGAUUAUAAAAAAUUAUUUUUCAGCUAUUUCUUUUUAUUUUUUCAAGAUCACCUUAAACUUUUUGCAAAUAAACAUAUAAUUUUUUUAUGCUUAUCUGUUAGAGGAUUUAAAGAUGAAUACGAUGACCUAUAGUUGAAGGUCAUUCAAGGUUACACAGGUUGUCUGUAGUAGAAAAUAAAUUGUUUCAAAGGACUCUUCAAAUAUUUCAUUAAUUUUAUUAUUCGGGUACUUACUGUUAUAGAAAGUAUUCAAAAUGAUGGCAUUGAACUUGGAUGUAUAACCUAUGAUGUUGGUGCGACCUUAAACAAACUAAAUUUAACAAAAAAAAAAUAAUCCGUGAAGAUUCGAUUCGAUCCGCAUAUAAACUUAAUUAUCUUCAAUUCAAACUUUGAAUCAGGCGAAUCGGGUAAAAAUUCGAUGGGCUAUGCGUCUCGCCAGUUUGAGAAACGUGGCUUUGAGAAAAACAUAUUUAAAGUUUUCGGAUGUAAAAAGCCAAAAUUUUUAUAUGUACAGGGUGUCCCAAAAGUGUUUUUUUCACCUGAUAAUUAUCAGCCUGAUAAUUUGAUCAACCACUAUAAUUCUGUACGAAUCUGUGAUUCUGUAAAUUUUAAAGUCUUCGCGUCAUGCAAUAUGUAAAUUAUUAAUUAUACCAAAAAAAUAAUACAUAUUUUGUAGGAAAUUUCCUUCUCUUUAUUUUCGAUAAUAACUAUAUUUGCAGUAAAUAUAACACUUUUCGCGAUGUUUGUGAAAAACUCAGUAUUUACGUCUCUUACUAUCUGUAGAAAAUUUCUUUAUUUUUAUUUUCGAUAAUAAUAACCAUUUCUGAAAUAGUUGUCAUAGUUUUCAUGAUAUCUAUGAAAACUGACUACUUAUAUUUGUGGGAGCCUGUAAGAUAUUGGAAACUUUUUAGCAGAUUUCCUUAUCUUUAUUUCUAAUAACUAUUUCUAAUGUAGAUUUAAUACUUUUCACGAUGUCUAUAAAAAACUGCUUAUUUACAUUUGUAAGGGACUGUAAAAUAUUACAAAAUUUUUAGUCGAAAAUUUCUUUAUUUUUAUUUUCAAUUAUAACUAUUUUUCCAAUGGAUAGGAUAUACAGAGGAUAUACAGAUCAAUUUAAAAACAAAAACUAUGUAAAAUUGUAAUUUAUUAACUUAUUUUUUAAAAACACUGACAUUUUACAUAUUCUCGGACGUCUCUAGAAUAACGAAUACAUAGAGUACACAAAAAUAGCUAUUUAUGUACGUUACGAAAUUAACAAAAAAAAAAAAAAAAAAAAAAACAA